AUGUCAACUAACUACUCUAAUAAAAAGAGGGAUAAGCCACCAGUUAAUGGCAACGGUCACGUAUUUAACGAAGGAGCAAACGGCUCUGGUUCAGAACUUACUACUGCCUUUCCUAACGUGAAUGGGAAUCAAAUAUAUUCAAACGAGGAAGAGCAACGACAGUCACAGGGGCAUCAAGAAUCAACAUCAAG